AUGGACGAAGAUCACUCCAAGAUCGAAGAUUUCUCCACCAUCAUCAAAGGGGGUAAGAUCGGCGACUACUCGGACCUCGAGUGGGACCAAAACAAAAAGAAAGAAGAUUUAGACUGUUUUGAGAGGUCGACAAUGGUCUUCUGGAACGUGAAGCAGUGCCCAAUCCCUUCUAGUGCGAUUCCUUGUGUGGAACCUGAACUCAGUUCAGCUCUUCAUAGAAUGGGCUUGCAUGGUAUGGUGCAACUCUUUGCGUUUGGUGACACGUUCGACCAAAAAGAAGACUUUUCCAAAGCCCGAAUUUAUUACCGUGCCGAAUGUGAACAUCUCCUGCCGGAUGCCAUAGACAAAGGUUAUAGUGAAAUGGCUGUGGACCUUAUUUCUUUCGCAAGAAUGACCUAUGAUUGUCCAGCAAUUUUAAUGGUGAUCCCAAAACCAGACCCGGAUAGUGAGUUGCACAGGGUGCUCAAGUGUUUGGAAGCGAGAAAUCACGAUGUUCUCUUAGUAGAGCCGGGUGAUGAUGACAUUGGUCGUCUAUUUGCUUCUGUACAGUCAAUAGUUGAUUGUACCCAAGACGACGACGUGAAAAAGCCUGCGACAGGCGUGUUCUGGGACGCCGUGGGUUGCCCAUUCCCUCCAGGUAUGAGUCCUGAUGAAAUCCAUCAAAAAAUCGAAAUAGCUAUUUGUGACGGUCGUGAGGAUUCGGAAUGGACGGCUGAGACAUCAAUCUGGGUUUACGUUGAUGAGACGCAAGGGCCUUGGGUUGGGGAUUUUCUGAAAAACAAGACUUAG